GGAUCCGGCAGGCUGUGGGACUCCAGGGCCAGGUCUGGAGCUAGGGGUACUUUAUCCUGGCUGCAUUCCUGGUCCCUUUCCCAGAUCCUCGAGUGGCGGACGAGAGGCCCGAGCCGGGAAGGGGCACAAGCGUCCCGAAACAAAGCUUUGGAUCUCCCUAUCCCGGGACUAGGAUUCCAGAUGGCAAAUUCUAUGAAUGGCAGAAACCCUGGUGGUCGAGGAGGAAACCCCCGCAAAGGUCGAAUUUUGGGGAUUAUUGAUGCUAUUCAGGAUGCAGUUGGACCCCCCAAGCAAGCUGCAGCUGAUCGCAGGACUGUGGAGAAGACUUGGAAACUCAUGGACAAAGUGGUAAGACUGUGCCAAAACCCCAAACUUCAGUUGAAAAAUAGCCCACCGUAUAUACUUGACAUUUUACCCGAUACCUAUCAGCACUUGCGACUUAUAUUGAGUAAAUAUGAUGACAACCAGAAGCUUGUUCAACUGAGCGAGAACGAGUAUUUUAAAAUCUACAUCGAUAGUCUAAUGAAGAAGUCAAAGCGAGCCAUCCGGCUCUUUAAAGAAGGCAAGGAGAGAAUGUACGAAGAACAGUCGCAGGACAGACGGAAUCUUACAAAAUUGUCCCUUAUCUUCAGUCACAUGCUGGCAGAAAUUAAGGCAAUCUUUCCCAAUGGCCAGUUCCAGGGUGACAACUUCCGCAUCACAAAGGCAGAUGCUGCUGAAUUCUGGAGGAAGUUUUUUGGAGACAAAACCAUUGUACCAUGGAAAAUCUUCAGACAGUGCCUGCAUGAGGUCCAUCAGAUUAGCUCUGGCCUGGAAGCAAUGGCUUUAAAAUCAACCAUUGAUUUAACUUGCAAUGAUUACAUCUCAGUUUUUGAAUUUGAUAUUUUUACCAGGCUAUUUCAGCCCUGGGGUUCUAUUUUACGGAAUUGGAAUUUCUUAGCUGUGACACAUCCCGGGUAUAUGGCAUUUCUCACAUAUGAUGAAGUUAAAGCCCGACUACAGAAAUAUAGCACCAAGCCCGGAAGCUACAUUUUCCGGUUAAGCUGCACCCGGCUGGGACAGUGGGCCAUUGGCUAUGUGACUGGGGAUGGCAAUAUCCUACAGACCAUACCUCAUAACAAGCCUCUAUUCCAAGCCCUGAUCGAUGGUAGCAGAGAAGGCUUUUAUCUUUAUCCUGAUGGGCGAAGUUAUAACCCUGAUUUAACUGGAUUAUGUGAACCUACACCUCAUGAUCAUAUAAAAGUUACACAGGAACAGUAUGAACUAUAUUGUGAAAUGGGCUCUACUUUUCAGCUUUGUAAGAUCUGUGCAGAGAAUGACAAAGAUGUCAAGAUUGAGCCUUGUGGACAUCUGAUGUGCACCUCGUGCCUUACUGCAUGGCAGGAGUCUGAUGGCCAAGGCUGCCCCUUCUGUCGCUGUGAGAUAAAAGGAACUGAGCCCAUCAUCGUGGAUCCCUUUGAUCCCAGAGACGAAGGGUCCAGGUGCUGCAGCAUCAUCGACCCUUUCAGUAUCCCCAUGCUUGACUUGGAUGAUGAUGACGAUCGAGAGGAGUCCUUGAUGAUGAACAGGCUGGCAAGUGUUCGAAAGUGCACUGACAGGCAGAACUCACCAGUCACAUCGCCAGGAUCCUCACCCCUUGCCCAGAGAAGAAAGCCUCAGCCAGACCCUCUCCAGAUCCCCCACCUCAGCCUGCCACCAGUGCCUCCUCGCCUGGAUCUCAUCCAGAAAGGCAUCGUCCGCUCUCCCUGUGGCAGCCCCACAGGCUCCCCAAAGUCUUCUCCAUGCAUGGUGAGAAAACAAGAUAAACCACUCCCAGCACCACCUCCUCCCUUAAGAGACCCUCCUCCUCCACCAGAGAGGCCUCCCCCAAUCCCACCAGACAACAGACUGAGCCGACACUUCCACCAUGGGGAAAGUGUGCCUUCCAGGGACCAGCCAAUGCCUCUUGAAGCCUGGUGCCCUCGGGACGUCUUUGGGACUAAUCAGGUGAUGGGAUGUCGCAUCCUAGGGGAUGGCUCUCCAAAGCCUGGAGUCACAGCAAAUGCCAACUCAAAUGGAAGACACAGUAGAAUGGGCUCCGAUCAGGUCCUUAUGCGGAAACACAGACGCCAUGAUUUGCCUUCAGAAGGAGCUAAGGUCUUUUCCAAUGGACACCUUGCCAGUGAAGAAUAUGAUGUUCCUCCUCGGCUUUCCCCUCCUCCUCCAGUCACCACCCUUCUCCCUAGCAUAAAGUGUACUGGUCCAUUAGCAAAUUGUCUCUCAGAGAAAACAAGAGACACGGUAGAGGAAGAUGAUGAUGAGUACAAGAUUCCUUCAUCCCACCCUGUUUCCUUGAAUUCACAACCAUCUCAUUGUCAUAAUGUCAAACCUCCUGUCCGGUCUUGUGAUAAUGGUCACUGUUUGUUGAAUGGAACUCACGGUACGCCUUCAGAGAUGAAGAAAUCAAACAUCCCAGAGUUAGGCAUCUAUUUGAAGGGAGAUGUUUUUGGUUCAGCCUCUGAUCCAGUGCCAUUACCACCUGCCAGGCCUCCACCCCGGGACAACCCAAAGCAUGGUUCUUCACUCAACAAGACGCCCUCUGAUUAUGAUCUUCUCAUCCCUCCAUUAGGUGAAGAUGCUUUCGAUGCCCUCCCCCCAUCUCUCCCUCCUCCCCCACCUCCUGCAAGACAUAGUCUCACUGAACAUUCGAAACCUCCAGGCUCAAGUAGCCGACCUUCCUCAGGGCAGGACCUGUUCCUUCUUCCUUCAGAUCCUUUUUUUGACCCAGCAAGUGGCCAAGUUCCUUUGCCUCCUGCAAGGAGAGCACCAGGAGACAACAUCAAACCCAACAGAGCCUCCCAGGACUAUGACCAGCUCCCUUCAUCUUCAUCUUCAGAUGGUUCACAAGCACCAGCUAGACCCCCCAAGCCACGACCCCGCAGGACUGCACCGGAAAUUCAUCACAGGAAACCCCUUGGGCCCGAGGCAGCUUUGGAAAAUGUUGAUGCAAAAAUUGCAAAACUCAUGGGAGAGGGGUAUGCCUUUGAAGAGGUGAAAAGAGCCUUAGAGAUUGCCCAGAAUAACGUGGAAGUGGCCAGGAGCAUCCUUCGAGAAUUUGCCUUCCCUCCCCCAGUCUCUCCACGUCUAAAUCUAUAGCAGCCGGAACUGCAGACACCAAAGGGUAAAACAGUUGGCAGGAUAUUCCAGGAGUAUGGAACAGAAAGACUGAGAGGGAAUGCAGGAGCCACAGCAUCCUUUUGUGGAGCAUCUCUAGAAGGGAGGCGGCCUGGAGUACAGCUUCUCUGGAGACCACGGCUCCCUUGGAAUGCCCACACUGCAGCUUCUGUGUUUGUGCUAGCCAUACUUUUAAAUCAGGGUUGAACUGAUAAAAUAAUUUAAAGACGUUUACUCCCCUUGAACUUUGAAUCUGUGAAAUGCUUUUCCUUGUUUACACGUUGGCAGAAUUGCGGUUUGUCUCUGUUUUGGAUUCCUGUACUGUGUUCCUGACAGGCCCUUCAUAGAGUUGGUCAUGUCUGCUGUAACCUUUUUCAUGCCCUCCCUUACUGUCCACAGCAGCAGCAAAAAUCACUUCUUUGUGUUGCUCUCUAUCCAGGCCCCACCUCAAGUCCCCAGGUCCAGUCCAUUGCUCCCAUUUACACGACACGCUCAUCUGCAGGUUCUGAUUUUCAGUGUCUCAAACUAAUGCAGAAAGAAAAGGAAAAAUGUGUGUGGUCUUGUCUUCACUACUGAGUCUUUUCUUUGGGAACCAUCACUGUUGAGAGGUGGGGAAAAACCUGAAUGUAUAAAGCAUUUAUUUGUCAAUAAACUGCCUUUUGUAAGCGGUUUUUAUAUAAUAUAAGAGCUUCCCUUGUUAGUGUAAGUUCUGUGACCUUUAGUUUUCCAUAUUCUCCCUCUUGUAGCCCCAGGAGUGCUAUGAUGCUGUAAAAGUGACUACUGCAGAUGCAGGAGAAACAGACUGGCAUGAGACAGUGCUGUACUACAGUACCAUAAUGAGAUCCCCUGAUAUUUAUGCCUGCAUCACUUUCAGGAGAGCUGGAACGCAUGGCCAUCACCUCAAGAUAUGUUGAUGAGCCUUUAGAGAAGGCCAUGGACACAUCUUUUCCAAGUGGAAUAGAGUCCAUUUUCUGUCUUGAUGUCACACUGGCUCCUCACAGUGUGUGCAAGCCUCCUUCUGACUGUUAUGUGCCUCUGCUACUGUGGCUAUGGUACUUCCAAAAAUCUUAGUACUAUUUCUUCAGUCAAGAUACCAUUCUUAUUAACUCGAUGGGUUUUCUCAUUGGUUAUUCUAUGUUGCCCCAUCCAGUCAGAUGGAAAACUUAAACAUAAUUUUGCUCUUUAACAAAAUAAGUGGUUCUUCUAAAACCAUGGUAUUACUUUUAGUGUAAAAAUAUUUAUUGACCAUCUGUAAUGUGCUUUGCACUCU